CAAAGAUGAAGAGAGAUGCUUAUCUUUCAGGAGGGAUGUCCCCAGGGGCUCCUGGACGCGUCACUAAGGAAUCUGGCCAAUCCCAAGAAGGGGAAGGAGGAGUUUGGGGACAUGAAAGGAGACCAAGGAGGAAGGGGGGGGGAGGCAAGGAAUACCCUUCGGGCGCCUUUCUUUUGGCUCCCCCUCCUCCUUUCUCCAACGCGGAGGAAAGAGAAGGCGUUGGUAGGCUUCCAUGGACGAGUCGAGAAGGCGUCGCUUUGCUUGGUGAGCAACGAUGGAGCCGGGCAACUGGUAGCACUUUCUCCCGACAGACCAUUCUUGCCUCUGGAUGCUGCCGCUCCUCGCUCUCCAGCCGAGGUUUGGAUGAUGACGAUGAACUCUUUGGCUGAGAGUUUGCUGGGGGGUCCUCCACCCCCGGACCCUUCCAAAGCGGCCUUUUUGGACUUCGGGUUGGGGGGACCUCCGCCUUCUCCUCACCACCCAACCCCACCACAGCAGCAGCAGCAGCAAUACACCCUCCAAGCCCUGCAGCCGCUGUCCGACGGAGGAGCCUUCCCUCCUUCCUCCUCCUCUUCCUCCGCAUCUUCCUCCUACGGCAGACCCUUGGUCUAUCCUGCUUACCCCGGGGCAGGCGGAGGGGGCAGCCCUCACCACGCUUUCUAUCCCCACCACCCCUACCACGGCGCCUCCUACUCCUCGCCUUACCCGCAGACCUCCAGCGCCUUGAGCCUCCACGGGACGAGGCUGGAGGAGACCGAGUUUGAGAAGUCUACCAUCAUUGAAAACGGGGAAAUCCGCAUCAAUGGGAAAGGGAAGAAGAUCCGGAAACCACGCACCAUCUACUCAAGUCUCCAGCUUCAGGCCCUCAACCAACGCUUCCAGCAAACCCAGUACCUAGCCUUACCUGAGCGGGCGGAGUUAGCAGCACAGUUGGGCUUGACUCAAACCCAGGUCAAGAUCUGGUUCCAGAAUAAACGUUCCAAGUUCAAAAAGAUUAUGAAGCAGGGCUCCAGCAUACAAGAGGAUCACCUCCACAAUUCCUCAUCUCUGUCUCCCUGUUCCCCCAAUAUACCCCCACUCUGGGACAUCCCCAUGGCAUGCAAAGGAACCCCCCUCCCUGCUAACAGUUACAUCAAUAGCUUUGCACCUUGGUACCACCAGCCCCAACACCAAGACACCAUGGGGAGGCCUCCAGUGAUGUGACAAAAGCAGACAAUGUAAUUUUGGCCCAUAUGCUGUGCCUCUUUUCCUGAAGCUCUAAUCAGGAACCCCGACACAGGACAAAUGGGGGCUAUGGCUGGAGGGCUGGCAUUUCUGAAGGAAUCACCAGCAUUUCUCUUUUGACGAGAAGCUCUCCGGCAGGAAAAUGUGGAGAUGGACUUCCCCAACCUGUUCAAGAACCAGCUCGUAAUAGCAGCAGCGGAACAUCUGAGGUGGAGAUAAGGAACGGCAUCGACAACCACACCAUGAAAGUUGAACUCAGAACUCCAUUCCAAGUGCUAUCACUUCAUCUUGGGUUGACAAGAGUGGCAUCUAUGUUCUUCUUUCAUGGCAUGGACGAGUGUUGGAUCUAGUUGUGCUAAGUAGUUGCCACGGGUUGGCUUGGUUUCAGUGCCUUAAACAGUUUUUACCGUAGCAAUUAAACAGGUUAUAUUUUUUGCAAACAUGGAAGUUCAGACCAUGAUGGUUUUGUGUGAUAUAUUUAUGCCUGUCACAUGGCUGCUAAAGGCAUUAGAGCAUUGGGUCUUUAUUACCACUGAAACCCGAAUUAGGAUGGUGAAGUUCUGAACUGGAUAAUAUUCUGCAUCAGACAGAUGUGGGAGGGGAGGAAAGAAUGCAGAGUUCAAUGGAAGUUGAAUAAAGACAUGAACUUGUGCCGCUACAGCAGGCAUGGGCAAACUUGGGCCCUCCUGGUGUUUUGGACUUCAACUCCCACAAUUCCUACCAGCUGUUAGGAAUUGUGGGAGUUGAAGUCCAAAACACUAGGAGGGCCCAAGUUUGCCCAUACCUGCUCUACAGCCAUUGGACUCUAGCUCCCAUCAGUCCCAGAUAGGAAUAAUAGCAAGUAGAGUCUAGUAGCAUCCAGAAGACCACACUUCCUCAUUGGCAUAACCUCAAUAUGGGCAGGACAAAAAUACUUCUUAACCUGGAGAAAAUACCAUCUCUUUCCCUGGGAUUAGAACUGGCAAGACCUUGUACCCAAUGGAUUCAAUAUGCCGUACUCCCGCCUUAAAAAAGUGUGAUUAUAGCUGUAACUAAGCCAAUAUCCAUACAGAGCUCCAGUUUGCUCACAUUAUAAAAUAGGAUUUUUUUACAGAGCCAAAUUUGCUUUCCUCUGUGUUACUAAUACGCAUUUGUUUGGUUUUUUUAAAAAAUGUCAUAAAUACAGGAUUAUGUUUACAUUUGAUGAAAAGUUUGUGGAAUGUAAUCCCCAUUUCUCCUCCCUUUCCAUUUUUGAAAAAGGCAAUUCGUAUUUCUUACAUGAAGUCCCCACCCAUUUUUGAGUUUAUUUAACUAAACGAUUUUAAAACUAAUUUAACUUUUUCUCUCUCCCCACACAUUGCCAAGCAUACUGAUAACAAAUUAUUUAUUAAAGUAAAACUUUUGGUAUAUUGUAUUGUUUUCUCUUUAUAAACAGAAUGUAAACUGAUAAAUAUUUGUUUUGUACAAA